AUGAUGAGGCACCGGGUGCUAGCCGAGCGGUUCCAGCACUCAACGGAGAUGAUUGAUCGACACGUUUGUCGUGUCUUACGAGUUUUGGUUCGACUAGGUCGUGAUCUCGUUAGGCCAAGAAACGUCGAUGACACGCAUCCAAGGAUCUUGAACAAUGGUUUGCUCAUGCCAUUGUUCCGGGAUUGUGUGGGAGCUUUAGAUGGGACCCACGUAUCCGCUUGGUGCAGAGCAGAGGUCGGUUGGGAGGGUAGUGCUCAUGAUGCCAGAAUUUUCCAAGAGACCUUGCUUGAUCCGGGCUCAGGAUUUCCAAUGCCACCACAAGGGAAAUAUUAUGCAGUAGAUGCUGCCUACAGAAAUAUGCCGGGGUUUAUGGCUUCGUUUAGGGGUACACGGGGCACACCUCAUGAGCGAGCAACUAAAGCGCUGUUCAAUAGGCGACAUGCAUCGGUUAGGAAUAUUAUUGAGCGUACAUUUGGAGUUCUUAAGAAGCGCUUUCCAACACUCAAAGGUCCAAUGCAGAACUACCUGAUAGCAACGCAAAAUAAUAUUGUGCUUGCAUGUUGUGCUCUUCACAAUUUUAUGCGCGAUUAUGUGCCGAAUGACGAGUACUUCAAUGAAGAAGCGAUAAAUGGUGCCUUUGUAGAUGCACACAUAGCAGGGGAACAAGUGCAGAUGGGUCAACCUAUCGAUAUGUCGCAGCAGGACAUAGAUAACUGGAACGAAGAUCGGCGAGCAAUGGCGGCGCACAUGUAUUUGAAUGCUAAUAACUAG